AUGAAUCAGCAUGUCGAAGCUCCAGUCUUCGUUCCUUCCAACAUCAAGAAUCAAGAUUCUACAACAUCGUCCAAUGACUCGGCCUCGACCAACUCCCCAGACCUGUCAUGCCUCAGAGGAUCAGGAAUGCUUUGUACUCCGGCAGUACCAUCACCACUCCGGCCCGCCCUGAGACUCGGAUGCCCGAAUCCAAGAGCCAGUGUCAACACGACCACCAAUCCGAAUUCUGGAUGGUCGGCUGCAGCAUCACCGCUUUCUUUCGAACAGCUAUACACGGAAAAGGCUUACCUGACGGCUUCUCUGAGCACGCAGGGCGAACGCGAGAUCGACCUCAUGCGAAAGCUGUCGACCCUUCAGGAGAAUGUUGACAGCGGGUUGCCCUCUGACGAGCGCCGCAAGGCAAGAAAGAAGAUAGCUCUGCUCAAGAGCAAGAUCGUCGAUGCCACGGCGCAAAAGAAGGUCAUUCUCCUGCGGCUCGGCGAUAUCUACGUGGAGCUUCAGAGCCGCGGGGCCUGGAUGCAGAUACAACACGAACUCUACGAGAGAAGAUACGCAUGGUGGUCCGUCGAUUCACCGAGUGUUUCCGCUUGUGCUACAACACCAUCUGAUGUUACAUCGACGAUACCGACGCCGCUGGACGCGUCCUCCCCGAUCUUCUUUCCCGCGGGUUGCCAUCCGGUCUACAACACGUGGGACGUGGCGGCGGCUCGUCUUGAAGGGCAUGUGUAUGAGGUGUAUGAUGCAAGACUAGCUGAAUCGUGGGCCGAUUUCGGUCAACCUCAUGAGGUUCUCGCGGAAGACUUGGGGAAUCAUGGCUUACAAUUUAUCUUUGGUGGAAUGGUAAAGGAUUCGCGGCAGGGCGUCAACGAAGACCAGGACCAGGUAUCAAGCGAGGAGACUAAACCUCUGAUGCCAGGCAGAAGAAGUAGUCUACCUUCAUUGAAAAGCCUCUGGCGAGGGGUUGGGGGGCUAUGUAGACCAGGCGAACAGGAGAACGAGCCAGUAUUGCAAGCCUAUCAGAAUUAA